AAGAUGGCAGCCGUACAGCCGCCACCCCUCCGGAGCCUGGAGGAUUUUCUCCUGAGCUCGGCCCGGUUCGCGGUGCCCGACGUGCGCGAUCUGGACCGCUGGAACAACCGCAUCAUCAACAACCUGCUGUACUACCAGAGCAAUUAUCUCCUGUCCGCUGUGGGUAUCCUGCUCAUAGUGGGGUAUUUCCAGCCCUUCCAGUUGUGUCUCGGGGCGAUGGUGGUCACCGUGUUAUUCCUGGGCUUUGUUUGGGUUGCAGAGAACCAAGCUCCCGUUCGUCGCUUCCGCAGAAACCACCCAUCAAUCUCUGUGUUUGCCAUACUUUCUGCAAGUUACCUCUUCAUAUCAGUGCUGGGAAGUGUGGCUGUGUUCCUGUUUGGGAUAGCCUUCCCUGUACUGUUGGUUCUGGUCCAUGCAUCGGUAAGGCUGCGCAGCCUGAAGAACAAGCUGGAGAACAAACUGGAGAGCAUUGGUCUGAAGAGGACACCCAUGGGACUCCUGUUAGAGGCCCUUGGACAGGAACAGGAGGCUGGAUCCUAGAGAGAAAGAGGAGAUGUGCAGGGGUGGGGGAUCAUUUGGGUGCCAUCUGAGGUAAAUGACAAGAGAAAUGGAGGUGAAGUGGGUGUGAAAUGGUGGGGAGAAGGAGGGAAUUGCUGCAGGGAUAAAGGAAGAGUCAGGAACACAAUGGCAGGUUUGGUUUGUUAAAAUGAAUUAAUUGGAAGUCUACAAUGAAGGAAGAGACCUCGUCUGUGGUCCAGUGGUGAUAGAACAGAUGUAAAGCAUUGAAAUCAUCAUAACAAACAAAUGAAGGAAUCAUCCCUGUUCUGAUUUUGCACUUUAAGCACACAUUGUUUUCUUUGUACAAGAUACAUUUCUGUGUUCACACUACACACUGUCAGUGUGCAGUAGCCAUGUGGCCGUAUUUGCUUGAGCCAUGAUAUGGUAGAUUUAUUGUGUAUCUACACAUUGGCUUGUACUCCUUUUGUGUCUUGGUGAUGCGUACUGACGCAUUGUUAUCUAAACAUUGAUCUGCACUCCAUCUCAAUGCCUGUGGAGCGUUGGUGUAAAUAACAUUCUAAUUAUGCAAAAAAAAGGUCAAAAGAUUUUGAAAAUACUUGUAAUUUUGCCAAUAAAUACAGCAUUAUUUUGUAAUGUUUUUACUUUUUAUGUUAAAAUGCAAUUUAAUUCUUGAACUAUUAUUAGCCUACCUUUUUUUUCUGAAAAUUACAACUCUACUCUAAAAGCAUUGUAUUGUGGAAGUUUGCCUUUAUUCUCACAAUACAAUUAGUUUUUCCCAUCAAAAUUACAACUUUAUUUUCGUAACAUUACAGCACUUUUCUCAUAGGAAUUUGACAAGACCCUCGGAGGGCCUCCAUACACUCCAUAUGCACAACAGGACAUCCCCAGUAUUGAUACUGUACCAUGGAUGUGGUAGUUGUUGUAGUAGUAAUAAGCUUUUUCAUUCUCUCAUUAUAAUAGGCGUAAAGAGAAACACAACAUAUGGAACCACCAACCCAAUCACCAGAAAAAAUGUUGGCAUUGUACUGUCUGCAAACCACUUUCUGAAUACGUUACAUUUGCAUGUUAUUGUGUCGCGGAUACGUUGAAAUUUUUCAUUUGAACAAUGCUGGGGUUUAUAUGUGGAUAGGUUUAGGCACAAAAAACACUUAUGGUUAGGAAGACAUCUUGUCUUGGCUUAAAAUACCGACCUUUUCCUGCUGUAAAAGCUGCAAUGUCUCUAAAAAAAAAAAAAAACAAAAAACGCUUUUCACACUACUAUACCUGAUGGAAAAUCAGCAACGAUUUGCUAAAAAAAAAAAAAAAAAAAA